AUGUCGUUCUUCUGUUCACGCCGGUCGAAGGUGAGGGUGUCGAGCAACAGAGAGCUCUCUAUUACAGAGCAGCGCAAGAUGGAGCUUCAGCGGCGCCGCGCCAUGUCGUCGCAGAACAGCCGCGGCGGCAGCAAGGGCUGUCACGUGCCACCGCGGAGCAAAUCGCUCGAUGCAUUUCGUCCGCCGCCAAUUCUCGUCCCAGCUUAA